UUGCGAAAUCAAAACAUUAGCAGUUGACGGGUUCUGACUGAAGACAUUGAGAGAGCGGCAAUCGAAACCUGAUAUAAUUGAGUUAUCUUCAGAUUGUGCGUGCUCAGAAGAAAAACUUGCUAAGAGAUAAAGAGAAAUUUGCAAUAUUCAAUGUUCCUAAGUGUAUUUGUUAUUUUUAAUCUUAACUUAAAUAUAUAUUUUUUUUCUGUAGAAGUAGAAUUCGCACAACUGUUCUCAGGAAUUUUUAUUAAGAUUUUAAGUUUUACGUAACUUUUACAUGCAUGACAUAUGGUUCCGCAUCAGCACUUUUAACAGAAAACCAUAGCAAAUCAAGAUUUGUUUUAAUAUUAAACAAACGACAUGGGUAUAUGCCUGCAGUUAAAACUGUUGCUAUGGAAAAAUUUUACGCUAAAGAAAAGGAAACCUAUUGUCUUAAUUUUUGAAUUAUUUAUUCCCUUGGUUUUAUUCUUCAUUCUACUGGGUAUAAGAAAGAAACAGCCAGCUUAUCCUGUAAAUGCAUCUCGCUUCCAAACAUAUCCAUUGCCUUCUGCUGGAGUUAUUGCUGUAAUGCAAGCAUUUUGUGAUAAUGGAGUUAGAGAUGAUGAUGGCUUUAUCAAUUUCCCUAAUAGUCCUAUUACUGAAUUUCUUUCAAAACUGAAUAAUAUUUCCCAGAAGAAUAAUUUUUUCCAACCUGAUUUCACUCCUAAUGAAAUGGAUGAAAUCCCUCUUAUAUAUAAAUCCAUCAUUGAAGAUCCUGUAGCAGUCCAUGAUAGUUUUGUGAAAGCAGCAGAAAUGCAAAUUGGAGAUUUGAUUAACAAUAGAAGCGAGUUUAUUGACAUGCUGACUUCAAUGUUUGCCUUGCCCAAUACUGACAUAGAAACUUUUUUGAAUUCUUCUCUUGUUCCUGAAAAGCUUUAUGUUUUAUUAUUUGGAAAGCUUCCUAAAGAAGAGACUGACAUCCAUUACAGACUGCCUUUAAUGCCAUCUUCUAAUAUUUUACCUGAAGACAAUCCUGAUAUUACUUUGUCAGUGAAGCCAGAUCUUACUAUUGUUGCAGAUGCUUUUACAUUUAAUAAUAUUGAGCAUCCGUCAUUGCAGCAUUUAUAUGAUUUAUUGGCAUAUCUUGAAAAGAAUAAAGAUAAAUUUACCGUUGUGUGGAGUGUCAUUGAAAGGAUGUUUGAUUCUCGAUUGAAUGUCACUGUUACAAAUGAUGACAUUGGUGCUAUUGCUGAAGAACUCAAAAAUAUCAUUCUCUCUCCUGCUGGACUAAGGGAAUUAAUGUGUCAAGAAAGUGGUUUACCCUCCGUAUUCAAGUAUGAGAAUGAAAUGAUAACCAAUAAAACUUUGGAACUUCAAGUUGCACUAUGCAGUAUGAAUGAAACUAUUAUGGCUGAUUUAUCUAAGAAAUUAAACAAAUUUUUAGAUGUGGAAAAGCUCAGAGAAACACUGCAUUUAGAUGACUGGAAUAUUACUGUUGCACAACAAAGACUUAAGAAGUUAUCAGAUGAUUUAAUAAAGUUCAAUGAAUUUGAGGUUGCUUUGAAACAGCUGAGUGAAAUAGCUUCAUCUUUGCCUCAAGAUGCCUGUCUUUCUCUGAAUGAUACUUCUACGAACAAUGAAACUUCAUUUGACAAUUCUGAAAAUAUAAACGAUCCGCCAAAAAAGGCUGCUCCUUCCAACCCACAAUAUGGUUUACUACGAAUUUGGCUGGGAAUGCAAAACACUAUUUGUGGAAAACAGGGAAACUUUCCAGCAAGCCUACCAGAUGAUGGAGAGGAAAUUGAUUUAGACAAACUUGGUAUGUCGAAAUAUCAGCAAGAGCAAAUUGGUAUUUUAGUUCAUGUUUUAUAUAGCAACCCAAAGGUGCUUUAUGCUCCUAAUAACACAGAUGCUGAUGAAAUCAUUAUAAAGGCUAAUGAGACUUUUGAAUUGCUGGCUACAGUAUCAGAAUAUGCUCAAAAAAUGUUAAACAUAUCAGAAGAAAUCAGGAUCUUUCUUGCUGAAAAUAGCACAGAUCAUUCAUUAUCAGUUUUAAAACAAAUACAUGAAAAUUUCCAGAAGUACCCUCUAUUUCUUCAGUUAUUCCACAGUUUAGAAUUAGAAGAAUUUGCUGCCAAUACUGUCAUUAUCAAUAAAGAUGUUUUCCUUGAGCAGCUGGAUUCCAUUGAUAAUGCUGCUUGCAGUUGGAUAUCUCUUAUGUCUGGACUCAGUCUCAAUAUGUUUCAAGGUUUUAGAACUGAAGAAGAUUUACUCGAUUAUUUCAAGCAUCAAGCAUAUUUUGAUAAUGUGACAGUUCUAGCCAGUGUCAUUUUUAACAUGACUGAAGAUGGUUCCAUGCCAAAUCAUAUGACUUACAAAAUUAGGCAGAAUGCUUCAUUUACAACAACAACUAAUCUAGUUCGCAGUCGAUUCUGGUUUCCUGGUCCACGAAAUUGGGGUUAUGGGUAUUAUCAAUUUGGUUUUGUCUGGAUUCAAGAUGUUUUGGAAAGGGCCAUGAUUAGUAUCUAUGCUGGCAGAGAUGUAACUGAACCUGGUAGCUUUAUACAUCAAUUUCCUUAUCCAUGUUACAUUCAAGACCAGUUUUUGUUUAUGAUAGAACAUGUUAUGCCAUUGUGCUUAGCAAUAUCUUGGGUUUAUUCUGUUGCAAUGCUGGUGCAAAAUAUUGUUUAUGAAAAAGAACAGAGGCUAAAAGAGGUAAUGAAAACUAUGGGUCUGAACAGUGCAGUUCACUGGCUGGCUUGGUUUAUUACAAGUUUCCUUCAAAUGUCUAUAACUGCUGCUUGCUUGACUGUUAUUUUAAAAUAUGGCCUGGUGCUAACUUACAGUAAUCCUGUUCUUAUAUUUCUCAUGCUGGAAAUUUUUGUUGUUGCAAAUAUUGCAUUUUCAUUUUUGGUUAGUGUUGUUUAUUCCAAAGCUAAAUUAGCAGCUGCUUGUGCAGGCAUAAUAUAUUUUCUGACCUAUGUGCCAUAUAUGUACAUAGCAGUUCGUGAAGAAGCUGCUCAUGACCAUAUUCCUGUAUGGUUGAAAAGUCUGGCUUCAUUAUUAUCUACUACAGCAUUUGGUCUUGGUGCUAAAUAUUUUGCAUUUUAUGAAGAAGUUGGAGUAGGUGUACAGUGGUCUAAUAUUGCCAUAUCACCAGUUGAGGAUGAUGAUUAUAGUCUUCUAAGUGUUGCCAUAAUGAUGAUGAUAGAUGCCAUAUUAUAUUCAACAUUAGUUUGGUACAUUGAAAAUGUACAUCCAGGUUCAUAUGGUUUGCCCAAACCUUGGUAUUUUCCAUUUACCAAGACUUACUGGCUUGGUAGUCUACGAGGAGAUACUGAUUGUAACUGCUUUAAUGAUUGUUGGCGUUUUAUCAAAAAACAUAAAAAAUGGGGUUUAUCUGUUAUUGAAGAUGAUCAAGCUCAUGCAAUGACAAACAGAACAACUGACACAAAGUAUUUUGAACCAGAUCCAUCUAAUCUUCCAUUAGGUGUUUGCAUUGAAAAUUUAGUAAAGGAAUAUAAAUCUGGAAAUAAGGUUGCAGUUAAUAGGCUUAGUUUAAAUUUAUAUGAAAAUCAGAUAACUUCCUUUCUUGGGCACAAUGGAGCUGGCAAGACAACUACAAUGUCUAUUUUGACUGGAUUAUUUCCUCCUUCUUCUGGUUAUGCUACUAUUUAUGGCCAUGAUAUUCGUACAGAAAUGGAUUUCAUUCGUCAGAGCAUGGGGAUGUGCCCUCAACAUAAUGUUUUAUUUGAAGAAUUGACAGUAGAAGAACAUUUAUGGUUUUAUGCGAGUCUGAAAGGAAGUGAUUUAGCUGAAGAAAUGGAUAAAAUGAUACAAGAUUUGAAUCUCCCAUUAAAACGUCACAGUAAAGUCAGUGUUUUGUCUGGUGGGAUGAAGAGGAAGUUGUCAGUUGCUAUAGCAUUUGUUGGAGGUUCUAGAGUUGUCAUUCUUGAUGAGCCUACAGCUGGUGUUGAUCCUUACUCUAGAAGAGCUAUUUGGGAUUUAAUACUUAAAUAUAAAAGUGGAAGGACAAUUCUGCUAUCAACUCAUCACAUGGAUGAAGCUGAUAUUCUGGGUGACCGUAUAGCUAUCAUUUGCAAUGGACAAUUAAGAUGCUGUGGUACACCUCUAUUUUUGAAAAACAAUUUGGGGGAUGGUUAUCAUUUGUAUAUAGUGAAAAAGGAAGUUGAAACUGAUUUAGAAAAAGUGAAUAUUCAAAACACUGUAUCAGCAUUCAUUACUAAGUACAUCAACUCAGCAUACUUGGCCUCAGAGAAUAAAAGGGAAUUACAUUAUGUAUUACCAAUUAGUGAGCUGCGAAAAGGAAAUUUUGAGAAAUUAUUUAGUGCCCUUGAAUCUAGUAUGGCAGACUUAGGUAUUGCAAGCUAUGGCAUAAAAAAUACAACUUUGGAAGAAGUUUUCUUGAAAGUCGCUGAAAAAGGUCUAAAAGAAGAUAUGUCUACAGUUAGUGAUAGCAGCCUGAAGCGAACAAACUCUAGUGGAUUUUAUGAUUCAGUUUCCCCUGACCCUGAGGAAGUAUCUCCUUCACACAAAUUGCAGGACACAAGUGUGGCUGAAGUGUCCAGUUCUGACCCCAUCAAUGGCUCAAUUGUUAAUUCUUCCAUUAGUAGUCGUAAACGAUCUGAUGACAGAAAAGCAGACUACUACCAACUUCCACCUAAUCGUGUUUCAAAAGAGCAACAGGAUAAUGUUGCUUCUUCAAAUCUGGGUCUUGAAGGAUGUGGCAGCUAUAAAGUUGAAGGCAAAAUGCUCCUUUUCCAGCAAUUCACAACCAUUCUUUUGAAAAGAUUUUAUUGUACAAAGCGUAAUUGGAAAGGCAUCUUUUCUCAAAUUCUGCUUCCAGCCUUCUUCGUCAGCAUAGCAAUGUCUGUUGCUUUGACAGCACCAAAAGUCGAAGAUCUCCCUCCACUUGUAUUAAGUCCUUCUCAGUAUUAUAACUAUACUCAACCUGAAGGAAAUGUAAUACCUUAUUCAAGAAACAGAUUAGACAUAGACCAUGUGGAAGACAGAUGGUCUAAAGAUGCAAAUUCCGAGCAAGUAUUUGCUACUCUCUACAUGCCAUCGGGUGUUGGUGCUACUUGUGUUUUUAAAUCUCCAUUUAACAACAGUUUUGAUGAGAAGAUGAAUUUUUCUGCUCGUAACUAUGACUUGCUCUCUGCUUUCUUUGAACCUUCCUGUGAAAGUGUUUUUAUGCCUGGACUUCCUCUGGACAAUUUUGUGCCUCCACCACCCACGAAUAGUCCUCAAAUGUUAAGCAAUCCAAAUAAUUUUACUGUGAUCAGAACUACAGAAUCUCCAUCAAAAUAUUACCCUAGUUGCCAUUGUUCUGAUGAUAAGACUGGUCAUGUAUGCAAUGAUCACUACACCGACCCACCAUCAUUUAAAGUUGUAACAAGUGACAUUUUACUUGAUAUUAGUGGACAAAAUGAGCACGAAUAUUACUUAUAUACUACUGGGUUAUAUAGAUUAAGGAGAUAUGGAGCAUUUUCCUUUGGCUUGGUGAGAGAUUAUGUUCCACAGAAUUUUGGAAAGAAUGCCCCACCCUUGUUUCGGAAGAUAGCAGUGCGAAAUAUUGCAAAAGUUUGGUAUAAUAAUAAAGGAUAUCAUGCUAUGCCUACCUAUGUUAAUAGUUUGAACAAUGCCAUUUUAAGAGCAAAUCUUCCCAAGUCCAAAGGAUAUCCUUCAGCUUAUGGUAUAACAGUAAUAAAUCAUCCUAUGACUGAUACUUCAUACUUGCUAUCAAAAGACCAAAUAUUACAAGGCACUGAUGUCCUUAUUGCCAUUUUUAUCAUUGUUGCGAUGUCUUUUGUGCCUGCCAGUUUUGUCUUGUUUCUUGUAUAUGAACGCUACACAAAAGCAAAGCAUUUACAGUUUGUUUCAGGUGUUGAUGCUAUUGUAUAUUGGGUUGCUAAUUAUUUCUGGGAUAUGUGCAGUUAUGUUGUUCCAGCCACCUGUUGUGUUCUAAUACUUUUGAUUUUUGACAUUCCUGCUUAUACAUCCCAUAAAAACUUUCCUGCUGUUGUGUCAUUAUUUUUAAUAUAUGGGUGGUCUAUUACCCCAGUGAUGUACCCAGUGUCAUUUUUAUUCAAAGAACCCAGCACUGCAUACAUUUUUCUCAUUGUCAUAAAUCUGUUUGUUGGAAUCACUUGUGUGGUUACAUCAUUUUUGUUGGAAGUUUUCUCAUAUGAUGCAUAUCUGGGAGAAGUACAUAAAAUGUUGAAGACCACAUUUCUUCUGUUUCCUAAUUAUUGUUUGGGUAGAGGAUUGAUGGAUAUUGCUUUCAAUGAGUAUCAGAACUUUUUCCUUUUUAAAACUGGUCAGUAUGAUAAAAUGAAAUCUCCAUUUGCUUGGGAUCUGGUGACAAGAAAUUUGGUAGCCAUGGCAUUUUCAGGACUUGCAUUUUUCUUCCUUACCCUGUUAUGUGAAUUUAAUUUCUUCAGAAAACCAAAAAACAUUCAAGUGCCUGUUUAUUCAUUAGAGAUUGAAGAUGAAGAUGUUUCAUUAGAAAGAAAGCGAGUUUUAACUGGUCAAGCAAAUUCAGAUGUUCUUCAUCUGAUUGAUUUAACAAAGGUUUAUAAUUCAAAAAAUAAGCGAAAAAAACUUAUUGCAGUAAACAAACUAUGUUUGGGUGUUCCUGAAGGAGAGUGUUUGGGUUUGUUGGGAGUUAAUGGAGCUGGAAAAUCCACAACUUUCAAGAUGUUAACUGGUGAUACUAAUGUUACAGCUGGUGAUGCAUUCCUGAAUGGAUUCAGCAUCCGGAAAGAUCUCCAUAAAGUACAACAAUUCAUUGGAUAUUGUCCACAAUUUGAUGCUCUUUAUGAUGAGUUGACUGCAAGGGAGCAUUUGAUUUUAUAUUCCAGAUUUCGUGGAAUACCUAUUAAAGAAGAAGAGAAGGUGAUUGAGUGGGCUUUGAAGAAAUUGGAUUUGGUCCACUAUGCUGAUCGAGUUACAGCAACUUAUAGUGGUGGAAAUAAAAGAAAACUCUCUACAGCUAUUGCUCUUUUGGGUGCACCUCGUGUCAUUUUCUUGGAUGAACCUACAACUGGCAUGGACCCUUAUACGAGACGAUUUCUGUGGAACUUGAUAAUUGAACUGGUACAAAGUGGUCGCUCUGUUGUAUUAACAUCACAUAGUAUGGAAGAAUGUGAAGCUUUAUGCACAAGACUUGCAAUAAUGGUUAAUGGCCACUUCAAAUGUCUGGGAAGCAUACAGCAUUUAAAAAAUAGAUUUGGAGAAGGUUAUUACAUUACGGUGCGAACUGUAAUGGGUGAACAUGAAACCAUUAAAAGAUGGUUUCGAAAAACGUUUACAGAUGCUAAAUUGAAGGAGCAGCAUUACAACUUACUGCAAUUUGAGCUUAAAUCAGGGUGCAUAUCACUAGCAUAUGUAUUUUCCAAGAUGGAGUCUGCCCUUCAAGACCUCCCCAUUGAGGAGUAUUCUGUCUGCCAGAAUACAUUAGAUAAUGUUUUUAUAAACUUUGUGAAGCAACAGUCAGAUGGAAUCCGAGACCCUUCACUGAAUCCUGCCUUUUUUCCCAUACUAUCUGAUUUAGAAGAAGUACUGGAUGAUUCACAUGAAAUGGCUUCUUCUAUAUCUAGAUCACAAGCAUGUGGUAUUACCUGUUCUGGGGUUGAACCAAUCGUUUAUUGUUGGGGACAAGGGACUUCAAUUUAAUUCAGACAAUCAUGUCAUUUUUUCCAUUGUUAUUUUUGUAGAGUCGCCUUGCCUUCAUUACUGAUCAGGAUUGUUGAUAUGCAGCAGCUGGUUACUCAACAAUCUGUUUGUUUAUUGCUAUAGCAAGAAAUGAAAUGCUUUUACUGUAUGGAUAAAAAUCUUCUACAAUGAUGUUGUUCAGGAAUUUUUCUUAUUUUAUUCCUAUAUAUUUGUUCUGCAUUUACACUGUGGUACAGAAGGAUUUUUUUUCUUGUUUGUUUCUUCCUCUUCAAAGAGAGAAUUACAGUUCCUUACUUGUUAUUGUGCUUCUGAGGUGCAAAGUCUUUCAUCGUUGUUUGUAUGUUUCUUUGCUUUAUUGCUUCUAGUUAUUCUUGUUAAAAGUUAUUUGUGAUUUUUGAUCUCAUACGUCCAAUGCAUAUAUACAGAGAAUUUGAUAUUUUCUCUGUGAAGAAUUUAUUAUUUUAUAUUUUUCAGAAUUAACAUCACAUGGACAAUUUAUACUGUCACUCUUAAUGAGUAUCCAAAUAAGUAACUAAUAAUCAAGUCAUUAGUUAAUAAUUUGAAUUAUUUUUUUAAAAAAAUCAUUGUAGCUACCUUUGAAAUGUUUAGUUAAAAUGUUAAUUGGUUGAUUUUUAAAACUUCUUUUGUAGAAAUGCAGAAGAAUAUUUAUUUGGAAUGUAUCUUAUUAUUUAUUUUUUCUUUAUUGAAGAAUUUAUUCUUCACUCUUUGUUAUUAAGCUUAGAAACGUCCUAAGAAGUAUGUUUAAGAAUGUGGAUUGAUUAUAAUUUCAAUAUGUUAGCAUUUCAGGUAGGAAUUGUGUAUAUAAAGCACAUUUUAUAUUUCUUGGUCAUCUCUCAAUCUUUUAAAGGGCACAAUAUAAACAUGGACCUUGGAUUUACUUAGUACAACUAAGAAAUAUUUUCUGCCUUAAUUUUUAUGUGUAGAAUCAGUUUUAGGUUUUUAAGUAUAAUGCUUUGCAUUUGAUGUAUGUACGUAUUUUUUCUGUACAGAAAAUGUUCCAGUGUACAUGACUGAAAAUUUUAUCUAAUAGUGUAUGCAUAUGUAAAUACGAAAUAUAUCUGUAGCACAACAGUCUGGCCUCAGAGGUAUUUAAAUGAAUAUUUUAAUUUUAUAUUUUUUUAACUACCUACACCUCUAGCAUAUCGAUCUUUAUGUUAAUUGUACAACCCAUGGUUUUAACAAUAGUACAAUGUGAAAAAUACUUUGUGUAACAUCAAAUGCAUGCUAGUAUAAAUCUACAGAUUUUCAAAACAAAUACAUGAUAGUUUAAUUUCUGAAUGUUUUUAUCUGUUGUUAACUAUCAAUGCAACUCUUCACUUUCUUACUUCAUUUGCUUCAUUUAAAUGUUGUUUUUCUUAAUUUUUAAUUGUCAUCAAGGUAUGAUAAAAAUAAGAUAAUCUGAUAAUUAAUGUUUUAAAAAUUUGAUAUUCUUUAAGUGAUAUACUUGUAGUUAAAAUAGGAACAUACAUGUUUCGGUUUAAUUCUAAAAAUCCUGCCAGUAUUUAAAUUUUAUUGCAUAUUUUUGUCCCUCAAAUCUACGACAUUUUUAACUAUCAUUUUAUUUAAAAGGAUGUAUUCUGAAAUUUUCUAUUCUGUAUUUAUUUUCUGGUGUGGGCUUAAACUACAAAAUAAAAUUACUGUAAAAGAAAUACUGCCAUAUAUGCUACAAUUGCCUCAAGAUAUAAGUGAUAAAAAACUGCAUAAAACGGAAGAUAAUUUUUUAAAAAUGUAAUAUAAAACAAUACUUUUCAAAUUUUUUUGCAAUUAAUUCUUGCUUAAGCAUAAAAUUUUUUAAGAUUUAAAAGAUAUUCAUUAAUAACUUUUUCAUUAGAAACUAACCUUUAUUUUCUAGUAAAAAUAUCAAAAUAGGUUUAAUUUUCUAAUAUCAUCUAUUCAUAUCCCAGUUAGGUUCAUGAAAUCAUGUUUGAUAGUAAAAGAAAUGUGUACAAAUUAGCUUUAAAUAAAUAGAUUUGAGGAAGAGAUAUGUAGCAACAUAUUUUUUAUGAGGUUUGUAGUUUCUUCCAUUUGAUCUUACGGUAUUAAAUUAUUAAAAUGCACUUCAGUGUACUACAUACAUCAACAAAUUAAAUUGUUAGGAUGCAUGUACAAACUGUUCCACUAUUGAAAGCAUUGUAGGUUUUUUUUCUUUCUUUCUUUCUAAUUUAAGCAAACAUCAAUGGCAAUAUGUAUUUUCUUCUCUUUCUAAACCUGAUUCCCCCCACCCCUGAUUUAUAUAUUUUAAGAAAUAUUUUCUUUUUAAAUCAAGUACUGUUUCAAAUGUAACUUGUAAAAAUAAUCUCAAUUUCAUAUCCUUAAUAAUCUUUUUUUUUUUAAUUGAAAUAACUAUCUUUUUUUAUACUCAGCACGACUUUUGUAAUAACAGAUUCUAUAAUGUCUUUUAUAAAACUUCCUCUGUGCUGUUGUUAAAUUCAGUUGAUUAUAUUCCAUUACUUCCAAAUCAAAAGAAACUUCCAUAAAUCAUAAUUUUAAAAUUUAUUUUCCAAGUUUAAUAAUUGGUAUAAGUUGGGCAAAAUGCCAUAUUUUUCAUUGCUUUAGCA